AUGACUGCUAGUAACCCCUCCAAAAACUCCCCUGCAGAGAUUUUACCUCCUAUUACAACCUCGUCUCCUCUCUUCAUCCUUUCCCUCCCCUUCAGUGCUGGCACACAACCUCAGACCCCACAGGGGCUCUUGGCCAAACACAAAAACAGCAUUUUUGUAAGCUUGUUAUUGCAAAUUGGGAGCACGGAAGACGUGCACUUUCACGCCCUAUGCCUCCUGCAAUUAUUCAAGAGGAGCUUAUAUGCACGCAAGCACAAGCUCAUACAUAAACCCAGUGGCCACUUCAUGACAAAAGAGAUGGAGAUUAAGUCUUUCAAAAAUUCGUUAAGGAGCGAUAAAGCCUUCACAUCCUCAGACACAGACUUCCUGGCUCUUAGUUUAAUUACAUCGGUGCAGGUCAAUAAAGGGGGCAGUGACACCUCAAGGUCACCACGUGUACAUGUUGACUUAAGUCUGCUCCUUUGCGUCACCCUCCUAGAUCCCAGCAGGCUUAUAAAGAGGGACACACACAAGAGCUCAAACACACUCGAUUUUUUUUUCUCCUCUGAGACGAGAACCAGAGUCACAGCAAAGAUGAGACUGUACCUUGCCAUUGCCGUGCUGAUGCUGGCAUUCGUCGCUUACACAGAGGCUCAGGAGGAGGAGACCAUCGAGCAGAAGUUCACCAAGUUUGGCCAGCAGAUGUCUGAGAUGAGCAAGACCUUUGCUGAUAAGGCCAAGACUACCUUUGCAGACAUCCACACCAGCGAAUUUGCAGUCUCCACCAAAUCCUGGCUUGAGGAACAGUUAGAGAAGCUGAAGACCAAGUUUCAGGAAAUCUCCCAAUAGACAAGAAGACAAGAUAUCUGACUACCUACAAUCACCUCCACAACCCCCCUCUAACAGCUGACCUCUUCACUUUGACCCUCAUAUCGGGACACUGACAUGUCACACACACAUUGCUCUGCUGACCAGACUAAAUGGUUACGUGUCCUCUCUGUGAAGAGAUGUUUUAUUUGUAAUUUGAGUAUUAUUGAAGCAAUAUGAAAAAAGCACAGUGAUCAAAAAUAAAAAGGUUUUUUAUAAAAAUUCUGUGGUACCAUAAAUAUUUCUUCAUUUAAUGAAAAUAACUUUUAAUUGUACUGAAUAAAUGAAUGGAAAUGUCUUUUAAAUAUGUUUAACAUGAAUAAAUGAAGAGUUCUGGUCUAUGAA